AAGGCUGGAGGGGCUUAACCAUCUGGGGAAGGUUAGGAGCGGCACGGCGGGGGACUCGCCGGGGGGAUUUGGCAGCCGCCGCGAUCCGGGCUCCUCUUAAUCUACCGCAGGGGUCGAGCGCAGCAGCUGCGGGGUAAUACCGGUGCCCAGGGCAGCGAUCGGUCUCGCUGGAGCUCCCAUCGGCGUUAACGGGACCUCCCUGGUGUUAUCCACACCCCCCCGCUUCAAGGUGCAUCCGGCUCCGACAGAUCGAUUCUGGUGUGGCACUUGGGGACAGAAUUGCACAGGGGAGCAGGACCGCACUGGAGGGCAGGAUUGCACCCCCUCCCCGGGGGGGAAAAGGGUUAAGUGGCAGCCGGUAGCCGCGGCUUGUCCCCACUCCAAGGCUCCGGACAGCGCCCCCCACCCCCGAGCCCUCUCUCACCUCCCCUCCCGCCCCGGGAGCCCGAAACUCUUUGGAAGUGCGCCGGGCGCGGCGAUGGGGGCCAGGGCAGGCUGCGGACGGGGACAGUUCUUCUUCCCCUCCGUUCUCCUCCUCCUCCUCUCCGGGCCCCCAUCACCGCGCCCGGCGUGCGGGCAACUGCGCUACACCAUGCCCGAGGAGCUGGAGCACGGAGCCUUCGUGGCCAACCUGGGCGAGGAUCUGGGACUGGACGUGUCCACACUGUCAGCGCGGAGGUUCCGCAUCGUGUCGAGGGCCGGAGCCAGGCAGCACCUGGAGGUGAACCUGGAGAACGGAAUCCUCUUCGUGAACGAGCGGAUUGACCGGGAGGAGGUGUGCGAGGCGGGGGGGACCUGCCUGCUUCACCUGCAGCUCCUCGUCGAGAGCCCUCUGGAGCUCUACCGCGUCGAGGUGGAGGUGCUGGAUAUCAACGACCAUGCGCCCACCUUCCCCUGGCAAGAGUACGUGCUGGAGGUGGCCGAGUCUGCCGUGCUCGGCGCCCGCUUCCCGCUGGAGAGUGCCCAGGACCCUGACGUGGGCACCAACUCGGUGCACACCUACAGGCUGAGCCCCAAUGGGUAUUUCUCCCUGGAGGUGCAGACGCGCAGCGACGCCAGCAAGUUCGCAGAGCUGGUGCUGGAGCGUGCCCUGGACCGCGAGCAGCAGCGGGCACACCGGGUGCUGCUCACCGCGCUCGAUGGCGGCGUCCCCGAGCGCUCGGGCACGGCUCACAUCCUCGUCACGGUGCUGGAUGCAAACGACAACGUGCCCGCCUUUGACCAGCCCUCGUACGGCGUGAGCCUCCCGGAGGACGCUCCUGCUGGCACCCUGGUCAUCCAGCUCAAUGCCACCGACCUGGAUGAGGGCCCCAACGGGGAGAUCGAGUACUCCUUCAGCGGGCACGCACCCCCGCGCGUUCGGGAGCUCUUCCACAUAGAGCCCCGGAGUGGGCAGGUGCUGCUGAAGGCUCCCCUGGACUACGAGCGGGCACAUCUCCACGAGCUCUAUGUGCAAGCCAAGGACCGCGGACCCUCGGCUGUGGCCGUGCACUGCCGGGUGCUCGUACACCUCCUCGAUGUGAAUGACAACGCCCCAGAGGUGACUCUCACCUCUGUGUCCACACCCGUGCUGGAGGAUGCCCCUCCAGGCACCGUCAUCGCCGUCAUCAGCGUCUUGGACCGGGACUCCGGAGACAACGGGCGGGUGAGCUGCGAGGUCAGCCCCGACGUGCCCUUCGAGCUCCGUUCCUCCUUCCGCAAUUAUUACACGCUGGUCACCACGCAGGCGCUGGACCGGGAGCUCGUGCCCGAGUACAACGUCAGCAUCACGGCGCGGGACAUGGGCUCCCCUGCCCUGCUGACCCGCAGCACCCUCACCGUGCCGGUGUCCGACGUGAACGACAAUGCCCCACGCUUCCUCCAGCCCUCCUACAGCGUCUACGUGAUGGAGAACAACGCGCCAGGGGCCUCCAUCUGCUCUGUCAGCGCUUUGGACCCCGACUGCCAGCAAAACGCCUACCUGUCCUACUCCAUUGCCGAUGGGCACAUCCACGGCAUGCCCGUGGGCACCUACGUGUCCAUCAACUCUGACAGCGGGCACAUGUACGCCCUGCGCUCCCUCGAUUACGAGCAGAUCCGCAGCUUCCAGAUCCAGGUGCAAGCGCAGGACGCAGGAUUCCCCCCGCUCAGUGCCAACGUCACCGUCCACAUCUUCGUGCUGGACCAGAACGACAACGCUCCGGUCAUUGUCUCCCCCAUGCCGCACAACGGCUCCACGGCCACGGAGCUGGUGCCGCGAUCAGCCAGGCCUGGCUACCUGGUGGGCACGGUGUCGGCGGUGGAUGCGGACGCGGGCCUGAAUUCCCGCCUCUCCUACCAGCUCCUGCAAGCCACCGACUUCACCCUUUUCAGCGUGGCACCAGAAACGGGCGAGCUGCGCACCCUGCGCUCCUUCCUGGAGCAGGAUGCCAGCCGGCAGCAGCUGGUGGUGCAGGUGCGGGACGGUGGGCAGCCGGCCCUGUCUGCCACCGUGUCCCUCCUGCUUUCCGUGGUGGAGACCAUGCCUCAGACCCUCUCUGACUUCAGCGAGUUCAGCCUCCCCCCGGAGGCUUCCUCAUCCUCACCACUCACCCUCUACCUCCUUGUCUCCCUGGGUUCCAUCUCCUUCACCUUCCUCCUCGCCAUCCUCAUCCUUACAGCCAUUCGGUGCCGCGCAGAGCGACGCUCCCGCCAAGGUGACAGCUGCUCACCGCCCCCUUGCCACUGCUGCCCGGGGUCCAGACCCUCCUCUGAUGGCCUGAAGACGUCCAACCUGACAGCGCAGCCCCCCACGGGGACCUCAGCUGCCACCUGCCUGGACGUGCCCGGCGGCGGCCCUCCAGGCUACUGCUACAAGGUCUGCCUCGGUCCCGAGUCUGCCCAGAGUGAUUUCAUGUUCCUCAAACCCUGCAGCCCGCCCCGCAACAACGAGAAGGAGCCCGGGAAGCUGUCCCAGCCAGGCCAGCAUCUCCAGGUCUCCAAGCAGUUCAAGCAGCACAACACGGACUGGCUGCCUCCGAGUAUGCAACGGCCUGCCCUGAAGAGCUCUCAGAGCCUGGAGGACGUGGGGGAGAUCCGCAGAGCCCUCCAGAAGGAGCACGAGAGGCUGUGCACUCUGGUGACCCCUGUCUCUGAGUUUCAGAAGGCUUCAGCAGGCACCAACAGCAUCUGGACACCCCAGUACAGCUCCUUGUACCCAGGGCACGUCCCAGCCCUGGACUACCAGCACAAUGUCUACAUCCCUGGCACCCCCACUCUGCUUUCCAGCAAGGAUGGGCCCCUGGUCCUGGGUCGGGAGAACAAGAACAGCUUCUCCACCUUUGGCAAGAGGAAGAAGAUGACAACUUACUGUGACAUGCAUGACAGUGUGGUUAUCAACAACGACCUGAAAUAGUGCCCGCCAGCUCUGCCCUGCCGCUGCCACCCGCUCAGCUGCCGGCUCCACCUGCAGCACACAGCUCCACCUGCAGCACACAGCUCCACCUGCAGCACACAGCUCCACGUGGGGCUUUGUCAGCCUGCUGGGGUCGUGCUCCACCAGAGUGUGGGGAGAGGAUUGCAGGAGCAGGGGGGUGGAAAGUGCUAGGGAUGGGCAGGGGAAGGGCUGGGGAGGACGUUUCUUCCGGCUCAUCCUGCAGAGCUGCGUUGGCAGCAGGUGCUGCUGGGGGUCCCUAGCACCAGAUUUGAGGACAUCUGCCUUGGUUGGACCCAUCCCUGUGUCCCCUCCUGUCCAGCUCUGUGAACAUUGUCACUUUGUCUUGUCUGGCCGUGUGAAUGUACCCAGCUGCAUGCCUCUGCUUCUGUCCCAGUAGGCAUGGGAAGUGUCUGCUGCAGCCAGGCCUGACCCCUGCGUGCUGGGGCAGCGACCCCUGCUCCAUCCCUGUGAUCCAGUGGGAUCUGUUGCAUGUCCAGAGCAGAUGUUGGUCUCUGUGUUCUCCAGGAAGUGAGUGUAAACCCCAGGCAUCGUGGAUGCUUCCUUUCAAACCCUGGCCCAACACUAGCAGAGCUGCACUUUGAUCCAGGACACAGCCCAGGUCCCGGAUGCAGUGGGUCUGUGCUCCAGAAGCAGACACGAAGUGCUCAGAGGAGAUGUCAGCCUAAACAGCUCAGAGGUGCACCAGGUGAGGUCCUGCUGGGCACCUCUCUAGCUCAGGGCAACAGCAUCUGAAGGAAAGAGAGCUGCCCACCAUCAGAGGGGCUUCAGCACAGAUGUCAGUCCUCUUCCCUGCUCUUCCCACCCUCAACCAGCUCUCUGCUUCCCCAAGUUCUGAAUGCCUGGGGGAACCCUUGCUCUGGGGAUCCCACCCACAUGGGACAGACAUCUCCCACUGCAGCCUGCUUCUCUUUGAGGACUUUGAUCUGGCUGGCAAGAGCUCUCCUGGGCACAACUCCAGCCCCAGAACAGUCUCUUCCCUACCCUGCUCACCAUACAUCUGUCCACCUGGUCUGGCUGCCAGCACUGCCAGUUGCUGCUGCCACGGGACAGUUCCCAUGCAAUCCAUCCGUGCAGAAUGUGACAGCUCUUCCUAGAUCGAGUUUGUCUCACAUCUCUGAUUUGUACCAAUAAAUUGUAUUUUAAUAGCUCA